AGGACCUUUGGUUACCUAGGAACUGUCACCACUACAGGAAGCAUGGCAUCGUUUGUACUUGCAGGCAAGGCAGAUUGCCCUCAUUAUGCCAAAGCAGAGCUUCUUGCAGGCUUACUUCAGAGAAGAUUACCCGACUUUUGUAUCCACAAAAUUUGUAUACACCCAAAUGAAUGGAAGCAAUGGCUUGAAAACACUUGCCAAAGUAAUGGCUGGAAACAUGAGCACUCUCCUUUGGUGUGGAGAGAACUUAUUGACAGAGGGGGGAAAGGAAUGCUUCUGGGUGGUUUCAGUGACUUCAUGGAACAUAUACAGGGUUAUUAUGGAAUUACAUCAGACAUGACGUCAGACUUGGUGCUGAAGAUUGCUAAAGAAAACCUUCAGACAAAGGAGCUAUGUGUGCAGGAGGAAGCAAACCGGCGCAGGCUGAUUCGGCCUCUACACAUUUGGAUAAGCAGUGCCCUGCACCCAACAUGCUACUGGCUGAUCCCUCUGCUAUUUGACUCUGAAGUAUUUCCCAGUGCCCCUCUCAUUAGCCUACACCUCCUAGAUGUUGGGGGAAGCGAGGAGGGCUUGCAUGGAAUCAGGAUGGAGACAGAGGACUUGGCCUCUUCACUGUUACACGAAGUCACUGUCCACAAUCUCCUGGACGAUAAUAUCUUUCACGAGGCUCAUUUCAUCAUCCUCCUUGAUGAUUGGCAACAGGGGAAGGAAAAAGAGGGGAAAACAGAAGAUGAUUAUGAAGCAGUCAAGAGAAAAGUGGCCAAAAAUUACCAGCACUAUGGAAAACUCAUCGACUCAAGGGCGCACAAGAACGUGCGAGUGAUAGUUGCUGGGGACUCUUUCAUCAACCUGAAGUGUUGUUUACUGCUGGAGAAUGCCCCUUCUGUGGACUCUGGCCACUUCGUUGCCAUGGGAACUCAGCUAGAGUAUGAAGCAAGGGCACAGAUUGCAAAGAAGCUCAGUGUCACAUCAGCAGAUGUGACUGGUAUCAUCAUUUGGGGAAAUAUAAGUGGCAGUUUCCACGUGGAUUUUCAGCGAGCAAGGGUAUUCCGAUAUGAAGGUGCCAUUUGUGGACCUUCCCAUUUUUCUCAGCCACUUUUGGAGAUGGCAUAUAACAGAAAAUGUUUUGAGACUGACAUUAUGAGGUUGGUGAGUUUGCAACGUUCCAAAGUAACCUCAAAGACCAAAAGAGCUGCAGGCAUGUCAGCAACAAAUGGGAUAUCUGCCAUUCUAAAGGCCUGGAACAGUAAUUCCUCUCCUGAAGAGGUUUUCUCAUUGGGAGUAAUCAGCAGAGGAGAGUACAAUAUUCCCAAAGGCCUUGUGGUCUCAAUGCCUGUCAUUUUCAAUUGUGGAGAGUGGUCUGUACUACCUAAUUUGGCUAUUACUGAUGAAUUGAGGAUCAGAAUUGAGGAUUCAAUCAGCCAGCUCAAAACAGAGAAAGAAAUCGCUGUAUAGGCAAUGAGAUACACUGUCUUGGGACAUCUGUUUGAAGAGGCCUUGAAAACCUGGCAGAACAGAGCUGUUUAUUGUUUUUAUUGAACAAACUUAUCAGAUUAAAGUUGAACUGAAUCAUGUGUCUAUAUGGCAUCAAAUGUCCCUGCCACAUGUCUGGUACUGCUGUCAACCAGAAAACAAGAAAUUCAGCAAAAGGGCUAUGAUGUCAACAAGAUGGCCUAACUUAGUUUUUUCACGUUACUGGUUACACAAUCACCUGUCUAUUUUGCUGUGAUCACACAGGUCAUACCUAAAACCUGUCAAACAAAAACAGGAACUACACGUGUGUUGUACAACAAACUGCAGAUAUUUAGCUGCUGAUUGCUCUUCACGUUAUUUGAGUUCUUUGCUGACAUUCCAUUUGCCUACAGUAGAGGUUAUACUCCCUGUCCUCUCGGAUUAAAUAUUUGUGGAAUAUUUCAGAUGGUUCAUUUUGGCUUUAACUCUGUUACUCUGUAUGCAUGGGCUAUUAUAUGGGGUGUGAGUGGUACAGUGGUUAAUGUUGCUGCCCAAGUGGCCGGCCCAAGCUUGAUUCCCGGCAACCGCAGGAUGCCAAUGCAAGUCGCCUUGGAUAAAAAUGUCUGCUAAAUACUGGACCUUUGCCUCUAUUAGGCUACUCAUUGUGUAACUGAGUGGGCUACAUAAAGGAGUGUGUUGUGGGGCAGCAUUUGAGUGGUUCACUGUAACUUAAGGGCCCAUUCCAGUUGGAAGGGAACAACAUAUUUUAUAAUAGCCAGUGUCUCACCAAAUCAGUUUUUUUAAUCUAAAUGGGCAGCUGAGAGGCUGCCUUUAAAUUUUUUUUAAAUAAAGCAAACUAUUGACUUAUCUUCACUGCAUUAAUCUCAAUGUUUAUGAUGUGAGCUAUGUAGGUUAGUCAAUCAAUAACCUACAAUAUUAUUUAAAUUGCUAAUAGAAUGAUUCAAAUCGGCUAGAAUUACCAGGGCGACAAGGCCUAUCUAUGUUCAGAAAGCAUAGUAGUUUGCAUAUGUGUGAUGAGUCUGAUGAUCAUGACUAGAAAUAUGAGUUGAGAAAAAUGUAUCUCAAUAUGUUAGCUUAUUUACUCUUAUGUAUGAGUUUUUACCCACAGGCAGUGAAACACUUGAUCUCAAAUAUUUAAUUCAGCAUCUUUUUUAUUAUUUAUUUAAAUUUUAUUUUAUUUUAUUUUACUUUAUUUUUGCACAGUGUGGAGCGUAGAC